AUGUCUAAAAACCCAAACCGUAAUGUCUAUAGGCUGUUGGCAAUCGGCUUGGUUUUUCAUCUUGUUUUCCUCGCCUCUGUUUUCGAUUGCUACUUUGCCAGUCCGGUCGUGCAUGGAAUGAUACCUUACAGACUUCCUUCUCCAGAGUCAAAGCGCCUGGUUCUCAUUGUCGCGGAUGGUCUUCGUGCUGAUCUACUCUUUACCCCGAAUGGCUUCCCUCAAGUGGAGGGUUCACCAGCCCUCGUGGCACCACAUCUACGCUCCAUUGCCGAAGAACGGGGUGCGUUCGGGGUAUCACACACUCGUGUGCCGACCGAGAGUCGUCCGGGACACGUCGCCAUCAUCGGUGGAAUGUACGAAGAUGUGUCAGCAGUGACGAAGGGAUGGAAAACCAAUCCAGUAGAUUUUGACUCUGUUUUCAAUCGUUCGUCCCAUACAUUCUCUUUUGGUUCCCCCGAUAUACUUCCUAUGUUCGCUCGCGGAGCUACCCCAGGGAGGGUUAGGACAUGGAGUUACGAACAAGAGGUUGAAGAUUUCACAAAAGAUGCCACGGCGCUAGACGUGUGGGUGCUUGACCAGCUUCACACUCUAUUCAAGAACGCCACAUUAGAUGGACAUUUAAAUUCACAACUACAUGAGGGCAAAGUAGUUUUUUUCAUGCAUCUUCUUGGACUGGAUACAACAGGACACUCGUAUAGACCUCACUCCAAGGAAUACAUGAGCAAUAUCCAAGUAGUAGAUAGGAUUGUACACGACACCGAGCAGCUUUUCUCUGAGUUCUACGGAGAUGAUGAAACCAGUUUCCUAUUCACCGCAGAUCAUGGCAUGUCAAAGAUUGGGAACCAUGGAGAUGGGGACCCAGACAAUACACGUACCCCAGUGAUCGCCUGGGGAAAGGGUAUUCGUGGACCAGUGGAAGAUACGACAGUUUCAUCACACGAUGACUAUUCCCAACCCUGGGGUUUAAAUAGCCUCUUGCGCCGUGACGUUGAGCAGGCUGAUCUGGCUCUUAUAAUGGCCUCGCUAAUCGGGAUCGAAUGGCCAGUGAAUGCCAUAGGUGUUUUGCCCGAUGUCGAUCCUUCGCGUCCGGGGUAUUUGCUGCCUCGGGAUGGAGAGAAAACACUAGCUCAUGCUGCACUAGUCAAUGCACAAGUUAUCGUGGAACAUUAUAGGAUUAAACACGAGCUAAAAGCUUCCCAUGUCUUGUUUUAUAAACCAUUUUCAGAGCUUGAAAGUAUAAAUAUCGAAGGACACCCCCAAAAGUGUUUUAGAAUUGCAAAAAUAAACCGGUUGAUUGAGGAAGAACAAUGGUACGAGGCUCGAAGGGAAUCUUUUGAUCUUAUAAAUUCUACUUUGAAAGGUUUACGCUACCUUGAAACAUACGACCGUCUGUUGAUCCGGGCCAUUGUUGUCUUAGCAUAUCUCGGGUGGGCUGCAUAUACGUCGCUCUUUGUUUUAUACAAAGAUAGUCCCACAUCGUACAAGGGAUCUCGUACUCCAAUUGUCAUCAACUCCGCCACAUUUGUUAUACUCCUAGGAUUCUGGGUGGCCUUUGCUAUCCAAAAAUCACGAUGGACCUUCUAUCUCUAUAUUGCCUUUCCAUGCUACUUCUGGCAACAGUUCGCUCUAAGAGUUGUGCCCGCUUUUCUUGCUUACUUCAAGUCCUCCAAAACGUCUUCAAUAUCAUCGCCAAUUUUGAUACUCCAAGGUGCUCUUGUGGUUGCAGUACUACAAUGCAUGGUCGCUGCAUAUACUCGUCGAUUUAUAUGGAGUGUUGGGUUUGCGCUAAUGGGCCUUGCAUGGCCCUCUUAUUCGUGGCCAGGUAAAAUGCGUUCGGAGAGACCACAACUCCAGUUCUUGUGGGCUUUAAGCUGUCUAGUCACCGGAAUAUUUCCACUCCUUAGUGUUGAUAAGAAAGAAAGCUUGGCUGCAAUAUUACUUGGUGGUUUUUGUAUGUUGCUUGUGGGUGCAUGCUAUGUGAUCAUGCUUCCCCGUAAUCCAAACCACGCGACCUUGAGGAUCCUACUCAUGUCUCAAACAUUCCUCAUUGCAUUGAGUAUGGCUAUAACAGUAGGGUCUGUUUCCAGCCUGCAGGCCAAGCUGGGUCUUCCUCUCAUGAAUCAGGUCGCCGGGUGGACUGUUUUAGCGACCGCCUCGCUAUACCCAUUUGUGUCAAAGGUCAAACACUCUAACCCAACGUCAAAGAUUUUGACUUUUUUCCUUGGAUUUGCUCCACUCUUCGUCAUUCUUUCGAUCAGUGUCGAGGGUCUGUUUUACAUGGCAUUUUCGUGUACUCUCCUUCUAUGGGUAGAGGUCGAAGCUGCAUUGCGAAUCAGUGAUAAACUCGAGUACUCUGCUUCGCCGACAAACGAUGCACGAAUGUAUCAGUUUCAAGCAGACGACGUAAGAAUUGCUCUGUUUUUCUUGUUUUUCGUGCAAGCUGCUUUCUUCGGAAUUGGAAAUGUGGCAUCGAUCUCCUCAUUUUACCUGGAACCCGUCUACCGCCUCUUGCCUAUAUUUAAUCCCUUCCUAAUGGCGACUUUACUGAUUUUCAAGAUAGUUGCACCCUAUGUUAUUUUAUCUGCUACAUUCGCCACGCUGAACGCCCGACUUCACUUACCCCCCUUUUCGUUGUUCCUAGUCGCAUUGACCCUCACAGAUGGAAUGACGAUGACGUUCUUCUUGAAUGUAACGGACACUGGAUCUUGGCUCGAAAUUGGGCAGUCCAUCAGCUUUUUCUGUAUCACAUCUUUACUGCUGGUGUGGUCAGCUGGUAUAUGCGCCGCUGGGGAAUACCUCAUGGUGGAUGCCUUGAUAACCAAGCAAUCAGGAUUAAAAGAGGAAUAACAUUCUCGU